GUAAAGUCGAAUGGAAAAAAAAAGUUAAAAGGUAAAGAGGAACAACGAAUAAAAAUUCUUCUUAUCCGAAAACCAACAGAAGAAACUGUGUCAAUCCCAUAAAGCUGCGAAGCCAUUCACACACGCACACAGGGUAACGCCAUGGCUACCAUACUAGGACCAUCCUCCGCCGCAAUCUCAGCAUCUUGUGGGUCACUCAUUUACCCUUCCUCAAAGCUUGUCAUCCCCUCUAUCUCCAUUAACACCGGGUCUUGUUCUUGGAAGAAGUUUUAUGGAGGGAUUGGGAUUCAAGGAAAGAAGGGAAAGCCGCAAUUUCAUAUCGCAGUUACUAAUGUUGCCAGUGAAAUUAACUCUGUUCAACAGGCUCAGAAGCUUGGUGCUAAAGAGAGUCAAAGACCAGUGUAUCCAUUUGCUGCAAUAGUGGGACAAGAUGAGAUGAAGUUAUGUCUAUUAUUGAAUGUAAUUGAUCCAAAAAUCGGGGGUGUUAUGAUAAUGGGUGAUAGAGGAACAGGGAAAUCCACAACUGUUCGGUCCUUGGUCGAUUUAUUGCCUGAAAUCAAGGUUGUUUUCGGUGAUCCUUAUAAUUCUGACCCCGAAGAUCCCGAAUCAAUGGGUAUAGAAGUCAGAGAGAAGGUUACGAAAGGGGAGGAAUUGAUGAUUACGAUGAUUAAAAUCAACAUGGUCGAUUUGCCGUUAGGUGCUACCGAAGAUAGGGUAUGUGGAACCAUCGAUAUCGAGAAAGCCCUCACUGAGGGUGUCAAAGCAUUCGAGCCAGGUCUUCUUGCUAAAGCAAAUCGUGGGAUUCUUUAUGUUGAUGAAGUUAAUCUUUUAGAUGAUCACUUGGUGGAUGUUCUUUUAGAUUCUGCUGCCUCGGGUUGGAAUACGGUCGAGAGAGAAGGUAUUUCAAUUUCGCAUCCCGCACGGUUUAUUCUAAUUGGUUCAGGUAAUCCGGAAGAAGGAGAGCUUAGACCGCAACUUCUUGAUCGAUUCGGAAUGCAUGCUCAAGUCGGGACCGUAAGGGAUGCUGAACUCCGAGUCAAGAUCGUGGAGGAAAGAGCUCGGUUUGACAAAAACCCGAAAGAAUUCCGGGAUUCUUACAAGGCAGAGCAAGAGAAGCUCCAACAACAGAUUGCUUCGGCUCGGAGUUCUCUUUCUUCGGUUCAGAUUGAUCAAGAUCUAAAGGUUAAAAUAUCUCGGGUUUGUGCCGAGUUGAAUGUCGACGGAUUGAGAGGAGAUAUCGUGACUAAUAGAGCCGCGAAAGCUCUUGCUGCUCUAAAAGGAAGAGACUGUGUCACUGCAGAAGAUAUCGCCACCGUUAUACCGAACUGUUUGCGACACCGCCUUCGUAAGGAUCCUUUGGAGUCGAUUGACUCCGGUUUACUUGUUAUUGAGAAAUUCUACGAGGUUUUUAGCUAAGAAAAAAAAUGCAUGUAUUUAGCUAGUCUCUCUUUCAAUAUAAGAAGUAGACAUUUGAAUUUGAUGAUAUA